GACGCUACUCCUCACUGCACUGCUUAUCAUAAAGCGCACUGUAAGCGUCGGACAGGCCAAGGGCGGAUCCGAGAGUCGACUAAGGACGUACCGCUGUGUCACUGGAUACUCCAUCUGUUUGGUCGCAUGUUUCUUCGCGAUUUGUAGCGACUGGAUAAACAAACGUCUUGACACUUAGUAAAAUAUACUAAUUUUAUGACAUUAGCUUUUCUUGCGCUCUUGUCCUUGUUAAACGCACGAUGCGGGAUGACACCUGGAAGAUCGUUUUCGUACUCGCUCUCGUAUGGAGAGUAAGAUCCGGGGGGAUUGCGAGCGUCACCUUGGCCGAUGGCGUUGAGGUCCAGGUGGCCAAGUGGAUAACGACACUGCUGCGGUGCAUCGGUAUUUUGGGGGGGUCAAAUACUUUAAAGGAUUUGGUCCCAGAUUUGGGAGGUAAAUCCCUGGCACCAAAACCGGCACCAAAAACUGGCAGGUUUUGAAUCGGUAUUUGGUUUCAGUUUUGGCACCGGAUUUGUAUCUCAAAUAGGAAUUCAAAAACACGCAGUAUUUUGGUGCGGAUUUGGUCCGGUGGAUUUGCACUCCGAAAACCUACGGAUUUGGCUCAGGGAUUUAGAUCCCAAAUCGAGAAGCGUAAAUCUGAUCCCAAAAACGAGUGUAUUUCAAAUGGUAUUUUUAGAACAAAUACAGAUGUAAAUACCAUAC